AUGCCGAUUCGGCUUAUGGCGGCGUCGCUUCUUGCUCCCGUCAGCUCUCGCCUCGUCGUAUCCUGUCGCACGCCCUGUCGCGCAUCUGUCGCUAAUGCGGCUGAAUGGGGACGACGAGAGUUGAACACGCGACGUCGCCUCGUUUUCUGCUCAGCUCAACCGCCCGCAAGCAACGCAGAGAACGACAAGGAUAAAAACGACAAAAGCCAAGAACAACAGCCCUACCCAGAACCCAUCGCCCCGCCUCCCGCAGCGUCAUUCGCGGCGUCUCCUGAGGGGCGCGAUGCGAUAAUGGCGGAGCUGGAUCGCGCGUUGAGCGGCGAGGAGUCGAAGGCGCUCUGGGCGGACCUCGAGUCAGCCGCGCUGCGCGUUUCCCGCGCGCGCGCGUCGUACGAGGAGAUGGAGAAGAAGGAGAAGGAGCUGCUCGCGCUCAAGGCGGAACUGGAAGCCGCCGCGCUGAUGGAGGCGGAACUCGCGCAGGCGGACGCGCAGGUGAGCGGAAAAUAUCAGAGCCGGCGCAAGCGGGAACCAGGGGGUCCUGCAUGGUCCCGCAUGGCCCCCCUACAUCCCUCCACACUAUCCCCCACACUUCUCGCGAAACCAUCCCCUCAACCCCAUUGUCUUGCUCUCCUCCGCUUCCAAUACUUGCUCUCCGUCUCUCUCCAUGUCCGCUUAAUUGUGGAGAAGCUCGAAGCUGAGGUGGCUGCAGCAGAGCAGGCAGCCAGGGCUGCCGGAGCAGCCCUCAUCGAGGCUCGGGCAGGCGGCGGCUUCCGAACCAGCAGCGCAGGCUCGGGGGAACAAACAGCCGGAAAAUGGGCGGUGAGCACCGGCACGAUCGAUGACGACAAAGAACGAGUGGAAUCAGCCAAGGCGGCCACUGUAGCAGCUGUAGCUGGCACUGUAGCAGGCCUGCCAUUCCUGCUGAGUCAGCGAAUACAGGAAGGAGGGACGGGAUUGAGUUUCCUGGUGGCAGCGGCGGCGCUAGCAGCAACAUGUGCUCUGUUCGGUGUAACCUACCGGUACAUAGUCCGGAAAGACAUGGGAAACAUUCAUCUUAAAGCCGGGGCGGUGGGUGCUUUCGGGCUAGCGAGAGGGCUGGCUCAAGUGGACUCCACAUUCUCUCUUGUGAGCGCAGGGUCUGCAAAUAAUGGUCUCUCGGAUGACGUCAUGGGUAGUAUGACGGAUGGUGCCUUGGUGCCGGUGGCACUAUCGUUGCUGGAGGCAGGGGAGGGGGUGCUGCAUGCUUCACCGCACCAGCAGCACCGAGGCAGCGGAUUGCCGGGCGACAAAGACGAACUCUCGCGAAACUUCCCCGUCGACGACAUUGUGCAGCAUCCGUUACCCGGUUACGUUUCCCCGUCCGCGAUCGCGUUUAGUCCCGACGAUCAAAUGAUCUCUUACCUGUUCAGCGAAGAGGGUACCCUCACGAGGAAGCUAUUCGCGUACGAGUUAAAGACGGGUCAGCAGAGGCUAUUAGUGGCUCCCCCGGGCGGCGGAGUCGACGAGGAUAAUCUCUCCAUGGAAGAGAAAUUAAGGCGCGAGAGGCAGCGGGAGCGCGGCUUGGGAAUCACGCGCUACGAUUGGUCCAAGAACGUGGCGGUUCCGCGCAUCAUGAUACCGCUGCCAGAUGGCGUGUAUGUGCAGGACGGCAUGGGCGCGGAUCUGCGCCUGCGCAUCCCGGGGGGCGCGUCCCCCAUCCUGGACCCGCAGAUCUCCCCCGACGGCUCCGCCAUCGCCUUCGUGCGCGACGACGAGCUCUUCGUCGUCUCCACCACCGCCGGCGCGCCCCGCCAGCUCACCUUCGGCGCAAAGGAGGCCCACAAGGUCCAUGGCUUGGCAGAGUAUAUCGCACAGGAGGAGAUGGAGAGGCGAAGUGGCUUCUGGUGGGCGCAUGACAGCACGCGCAUCGCCUUCACGCAGACAGACGCCUCUGCUGUACCGCUCUUCCGCAUCCCCCACUGCACUCGCCCGCCCGUGGGGGCGGACUCGGAGGAGGAACAUGCAUAUCCCUUCGCAGCCACGUCCUUUCACCUUUCUCCCUUUUUCUGUUGUGUUCGCCAUUUCAACCGUCCUCGUCCCUUCGUUCUUCCCUUUCCAGGCCAGGCGAACGUGAGCGUAAGGCUCGGGGUCGUUCCCGUGGCUGGCGGCGAGGUUCGGUGGAUGGAUCUGCAUUGCGGCUUGGCAGGCAGCAGCUUUGGUAAAACAAAAAGCAGCAGCAGAAGUGGCGGAAUCAACAGCAGCAGUGGGGUUAGAAACGCUGGUGCGGGUAAUGAUGGCAACGGCGGCAAUGAUGGUGGUAAUGGCGUUGGUGAUGGUGAUGGUGUACGGAUAGGAGGAGGCACAGGGCAGGUGGUGGCACAAGACAGUGGGGUGUUUCAGCAGGGAGAAGCAGCAAGGACAGUGGGUAGCACACACGAGGGUGAUGCAGGGAACCUACCUGGAAGGGACGCUGGGGAACCAGCACUGCCUGAGAAGGAAGCGAGUGCGAUUGCGACUGCUGGCAGUAGUGGCAGUGGCAAUGGCACUGCCGCAGCUGCUGCAGCUGCUACAGCUGCUGUAGACGAUGAUGACGACGAUGAGGAAUACCUAGCACGCGUGUCAUGGCUCCCAGAUGGGCGUCUGUCCGCGCAGGUACAGAACCGCAGGCAGACGCGCCUCAAACUCCUCCGCUUCGACCCCACCACAGGCAGCAGAGACCUCGUUCUCACUGAAACCAACCCCCUCUGGGUGAACCUGCACGACUGCUUCACCCCCCUGGUGAAAUCCGGAGGGGAGCUGCGCGGGGGGUUUCUGUGGGCGAGUGAGCGCACGGGGUUCCGGCACUUGUACUUGUAUGCGGGGUCGGGGCGGUGUGUGGGGGCGGUGACGGCGGGGGAGUGGAUGGUGGAGCAGGUAGCUGGGCUGGAUGAGGGCGCUGGGUUGGUGUAUUUCACUGGGACCAUGGAUAGCGCGUUGGAGAGUCAUUUGUAUGUGACAAGUCUGUUUGGGGGCGUGGAGGGGGCAGGAGGGGGUGCUGGUUUGGGGCCUGCGUUGGGGGCAGACAAGCGUGAUGCGUUUUCUCGUUAUGAGCAGCAGCAGCAGCAGCAGCAGCAACAGAUGGUGCCGAUGGUGUUAGAUUCGGUGCAACCUACCGCAACUUCAUCACCAUCAUCAACAGGAGCAGCAGCAGGAGUAGCUUCACCAGGUCUACCUGGCUCCAACCCAUCAGCACCACCACCAGCACCACCCGCAGCAGCAACAGCACUCCACGCACCCUCCUCCUCCCUCGCCCCCACCGCCCCCUCCUCUCUGCCGCCCGCCCGCCCCAUCCGGCUGACCCAGGGCCCCGGGCGGCACCUGGUGGUCCUGGACCACAGCCUGCAGCGGUUCGUUGACCUGGUUGACUCGCUUGACUCGCCGCCCGCCGUGCGCCUCUGCUGCCUGGCGUCGGGGCGGGUGCUGGCGGUGAUCUUCCAGCAGCACUCGCCCAACCCCCGCGUGCAGCGCCUGCAGCUGCGGCCGCCUGAGCUUGUGGAGGUGACUGCUGCUGAUGGUACCACCCUGCACGGGGCCAUUUACCGCCCUGACCCGGCCAUCUUUGGCCCGCCUCCCUACCGCACGGUGGUGAGCGUCUACGGGGGCCCGCACGUGCAGACAGUGUGCGAGUCGUGGCUAUCCACAGUGGACAUGCGCGCCCAGUUCCUGCGUGCUCGAGGCAUGCUGGUGUGGAAGCUUGACAACCGGGGCAGCAGUCGCCGUGGGCUGGCCUUUGAAGGAGCCAUCAAGUGCAACAUGGGCGGCAUUGAUGCUGACGACCAAGCGGCCGGCGUCCGUUGGCUUAUCCAGCAGGGCCUCGCCGACCCAAACCGGAUCGGGAUUUACGGGUGGAGCUACGGGGGGUACCUCUCAGCCAUGUGCUUGGCUCGGUACCCAAGCCUAUUUCGCUGUGCCAUUUCUGGAGCUCCGGUAACCAAAUGGGACGGUUACGACACACAUUACACAGAGCGUUACAUGGGUCUGCCUGCAGAGCAGCCCACAGCAUAUGACCGGAGCUCUGUAAUGCGGCAUGUGGGUGGGAUUCGAGGGAAGCUGCUGCUGGUGCAUGGGAUGAUAGACGAAAAUGUGCAUUUCAGGCACUCGGUGCGGCUGGUGCAGGCACUUACUACUGCUGCUAAGCAGUAUGAGCUGCUGCUUUUUCCCGAAGAACGGCACAUGCCGAGGGGUCUCCGUGACCGGACGUAUAUGGAGGAGAGGAUUUACGAGUUUUUGACUAGAUGCUUGUCGUGA